GAAUAUAAUAAAGUUGUGAAUUUUCAAAUGAUUUCUAUCAAUUUGAUGAAAUAAUUGUUUUACUGCAUUUGUCAUAAUUGUUUUAUUGAGUUCUACACUAGUGCUUCUCCGAAAGAAAUUAUGUUUUCCAUUUGAUAAUGAUUGGAAGUUUCCACUUAAGAAUAUUUUACAGCCUUUCUACCAUCUGUCCUUAAUGUAUAUAGCCAACACUAAACGAACCAGUCGGACAUAAGAACGGAUUAUCACCUUAAAUGUGUUUCUAUGGAUUAAAAAACUUCAUCAUGUAUCCAAAUUCAAGCAUCGGAAAUGAUUCCGUACUGUCCAUGGCCAGUUUCCCGGAUUACCAGACAGCCGUUCGGAUCUGGAAGUAUCUUUCCCCAGUCUUGAUUGUGGUGGGCACUCUAGGUAACACUGCAAGUAUCAUCAUCCUCACUCGCCGCUCCUUUCGGAACUCUACGUGCAUGUUCUAUCUAACCGUACUGUCGUGUGCAGACCUGUUGGUUCUGUACACAGGGCUCCUGCGGUUUUGGAUCCGUUCGGCAUUCUCCGUGGACAUUCGCACACUGUCGAUCUGGAGCUGUAAGAUCCACGUGUUUUUAGUCUAUUUUGCUAUGGAUCUGUCAUCCUGGGUCCUAAUGACCGUGACGCUUGACCGUUGCAUUCUUGUCUGUUUUCCGUUCAAGUCCCGACUUUUUUCGACCAUGAAAAGAGCCCCUUACAUCGUUACCGUUGUGAUGUUGCUCCUUACAUUUGUCAACAGUCACUUUUUUGCGACGGUUACGAUAAAGAAUACACAUUGCACGUACGAAGUUGAUCUUGCUAUGAGGGUGUGGCCGUGGGUUGAUCUGGUUGUGUGUACCCUGAUCCCAUUUACAAUGAUGCUUCUCUGUUCUAUUUUGAUUUCUCGGAAGGUUUUGCAAACAAACAAGCGCGUGGCUGCACAAAGAGUAAGAACGAUAUCUGGCGGAAGCGGAAAUGCGCCGACCGACGGCAAUAAAUCGCUGAAGAGUUCCUCUGUAACCGGCAUGCUCCUCACCAUUAUUCUCUCGUUCUUCCUUUUAACACUUCCUCUGGUGGUUUUUAACAUAUCCUAUCGUUAUUGGAUAGAAACAGCUACAAUAUCUGACCUGGCCACGUUGGAACUCGUGCGUACUAUCUUCAGCAUGCUAUUAUACACUAACCACGUAGUGCAUUUUGUGUGUUGCCUUACGGGAAGAAGAUUUCGACGCGAGGUCAUGAAAUGUUUCUGUUUGCGUAGAAACUCGUCAAAAAAUGAGGGUAAUGGUACUCUCAUGACUUUGAAAUAACCGGAUGUGACGAAACUAACAUAUCUUCUUGUGACAAUCAAUAUACCAAGCCUUGUUUCAAAACGGAAAAUUGUUUGAUUUGGUCCGCUACAAUUUGAAAGAAAUGUUGCAACCACUAUAGAAAUAAAACCAAUAUUUAAAGAAAUUAUUUCAACAGUGGAUGGGGAUGUAUUUCAUUACAAGAGGCACUUUCUAACUACUAUUGAAAUACAACCACAAUUGAAAUUAUUAUUUCAAUAGUGGUUCGGAUGUGUUUCAAUAUAAGAAUCGUUUUGCAACUACUAUGGAAAUACGACCAUAAUUGAAAUUAUCAUUUCAGUAGUAGUUGGGAAUGAAUUUAGAUAUUAUUUUGUAACCACUAUAUUUAAAAAUGUAAAAAAAAGCACAUGUACUUCACUUUUUUGUUUGUUAAAAAGAAUUUAGAAUGCAAGAGAUAA